GGAGAGAGCGGGCUGCGAGUGAGCGGCUACUGAGCGGCUACUGCCCCUCAGACUCUCCGGGCAAUGAGCACCUGGGGCUGCAACCUGACUACUCGCUAUGAGGAGAGGCAAAGUCAUGGCCCUGGCGACCUGCCUGGGCUCCUUCAUUUUGGUCAUAUUCUACUUCCAGAGCCAUUUGGGUUCAGCUGAAGAUCAGUUCUUGGGUGGCAGAUGGCAUGGAAAGCCCAGAAGAAGUCCCUUGCAAGCCCUAUAUGACAGUGCGCAGUUGGAGCCCUCCUCUAUCCAAGCAAAGCAUCAGGGGCGCCGGGAGCUGCUGGCCAGCACCUGUAAGACCUACACAAGGAAGCGCCGAGUCCUGACAUCUGAAGAUCUGAAACAUCUUGUUGUGGAUGACACCCAUGGACUUCUGUACUGCUAUGUACCAAAGGUAGCCUGCACCAAUUGGAAGAGGGUCAUGAUGGUCCUCACUGGCCAGGGCAAGUAUAAGGACCCUUCUCUCAUACCGGCUAACGAAGCUCAUGUUCCUUCAAACCUACGCUUGCUCUCAGAGUUCAGCACCGCAGAAAUCAACUACCGGCUAAGGAACUACCUCAAAUUCAUUUUUGUGAGAGAGCCAUUUGAGAGGCUGGUGUCCGCAUACAGGAACAAGUUUACCCGUACGUAUAACACAGCCUUUCACAAGCGCUAUGGGACCAAGAUCAUAGAACGCCAUCGUAGGGAUCCCUCCGUGGAGGCCCUGGAACGAGGCAAUGAUGUCACUUUUGAGGAGUUUUUGUACUACCUGGUGGACCCAGUGACCCAAAGGGAGGAACCUUUUAAUGAACAUUGGGAGAGGGUGCACUCUCUUUGUCAUCCAUGCAUCAUCCAUUAUGACGUUGUAGGAAAGUAUGAAACUCUGGAAGAAGAUGCCGAGUACUUGUUGCAGCUCAUUGGAGUUGGAGACUCGGUCAAAUUCCCAUCUUCUUCCAAAACUACACGGACCACAGAUGGGAUGGCUGCCGAGUUCUUCAAGACUGUGCCGCUCUUCUACCAGCGCAGACUCUUCAACUUGUACAAGAUGGACUUCCUGCUCUUCAAUUACACUGUCCCACAUUUCCUGAAGUUACACUGAGCAGAUGGUGAGAGCGCCCGUGGGCCUGGUGCCCAUACAGCUCUUCAUCGUAUAUAUAAAGGAUUUGGUUAUUUAUUGCUGAGUGAAGUUGCGAUGUGGACAUCGAUGCAUUUUAUAGACACGCUUGGGUGUGGAACUGCACCAUUUUGUAACUAAUGACUGUCUGCUUUUCAUUGAUUUGCUGAUAAAUUGGCUUGGGUUUAGCAAACCUGCAUGGAACUUGUGUUUCAUUUUGAAAGGUCAACAUUUCUUAGAAACGAGUCGCUCUUAUAUUAAAAGUGAAAUAAUAGCA